AUGCUAACACUCUCUUUAUCUAUCUAUCUAUCUAUCUAUCUAUCUAUCUAUAUAGAUGGUGUUUUCUCCUACCUCCAUACCACACUAUCUAUCUAUCUGUCUAUCUACCUCAAUUUGCUCAAAUCUAUGUAUCUAUCGAUUUCAAUUUGUUCAGAUGUAUCUAUCUAUCUCACGUUAUCUAUCUAUCUAUCUAUCUAUCUAUCUAUCUAUCUAUCUAUCUAUUUCACUUUGUUAAGAUCUAUCUAUAUAUCUCACAGUAUCUACCUGUUGAUCUCACUCUGUUCGUAUCUAUCUAUCUAUCUAUCUAUCUAUCUAUCUAUCUAUCUAUCUAUCUAUCUAUCUCAAUUUGUUAAGAUCUACCUGUUGAUCUCACUCUGUUCGCAUCUAUCUAUCUAUCUAUCUAUCUAUCUAUCUAUCUAUCUAUCUAUCUAUUUCAAUUUGUUAAGAUCUAUCUAUCUAUCUAUCUCUAUCUGUUCGCAUCUAUCUAUCUAUCUAUCUGUCUCUAUCUAUCUAUCUAUCUAUCUAUCUAUCUAUCUAUUUCAAUUUGUUAAGAUCUACCUGUUGAUCUCACUCUGUUCGCACCAUCUAUCUAUCUAUCUAUCUAUCUAUCUAUCUAUCUAUCUAUCUAUCUAUCUAUCUAUCAGAUUUCUUUCGAUUAUUGAACAUUAUGUCAUAUUGCACGACCAUAAAGUCGUCAUGAAGGCCAUAAAAUGUGAAGGAUUUGCCACGAUCUAUUUGUCGUCAAUGUGCCGGGACAAAUUAGCCAAGCAGAAAUGCGCCCACCUUACAUCUAUCUAUCUAUCUAUCUAUCUAUCUAUCUAUCUAUCUAUCUAUCUAAAGCUGUUCAUUAUCUAUCUAUCUAUCUAUCUAUCUAUCUAUCUAUCUAUCUAUCUAUUUUCAUUAUCUAUCUAUCUAGCAUUAAAUAAUAAACUUCAUCUAUUUUUAUAUUUCAUGAUAUCUAUCUAUCUAUCUAUCUAUCUAUCUAUCUAUCUAUCUAUCUAUCUAAACCUAUUCAUUAUCUAUCUCAACCUAUUCAUUAUCUAUCUAUCUAUCUAUCUAUCUAUCUAUCUAUCUAAACCUAUUCAUUAUCUAUCUAUCUAUCUUUAUUAUCUAUCGAUCUAG